CACCGACAACCCCCGUGUCACCACUGCGCACGCACGCCGACAACACCUCGAAUCGAUCGCCGAGUCCACCCUCUCAGCCUUCACGAUGCCUAUGUGCGGUGGAACAAAGUCGGUGCAGCGCAAGCUGGUACUCCUCGGCGACGGCGCAUGCGGCAAGACAUCGCUACUAAACGUCUUCACAAGAGGAUACUUCCCAACAGUAUACGAGCCUACAGUAUUCGAAAACUACGUCCACGACAUCUAUAUCGACAACACCCAUGUGGAACUGAGCUUAUGGGACACCGCCGGGCAAGAGGAAUUCGAUAGGCUACGAUCUCUCAGCUACGAUGACACGCACGCCAUUAUGCUCUGUUUCUCCGUCGACUCGCCAGAUUCUCUCGAGAACGUAGAGACCAAGUGGGUCGGUGAGAUCGCCGAGAACUGCCCCAACGUUAAGCUCGUCCUGGUCGCAUUGAAGUGUGAUCUGAGGAAGCGCGAGGACGACGAUGCUGAGGGCGCAGAGCCAGAGAAGCCAUGCAUUGACUAUGAAGAGGGUCUCCGAGUGGCAGAGAAGAUCAAGGCCCUGCGAUACCUUGAAUGCUCAGCCAUGAAGAACCGUGGUGUCAACGAAGCCUUCACAGAAGCCGCCCGUGUCGCUCUGCAGGUUAAGACCAGCAAAGACAAGAGCGGCGGCUGUACGAUCCUAUGAUCCUACGCAGCCCCACCUCCUUCCCUACCUGCGACACCAUCAGCAUACCUAUACACCUGCAUCACCUUGUACCUUCUUCCGACACAAGCCGACACGACUCCCACCUCGAUACGUCUUUCCGCGUCGCUCCGUUCAUACCCUUCUUUAUGUCGUUUACUUGUAGCUGAUGUUGUGGAUCUUAGCAAAAGCGAUCAGGCUUCAAAAGUCUCUCGCUCGAGCUUCGAGAAGAUGGAGAAGCGUACGAGACACGGCCUACCAGCGAGCCUUACCACUGCACUGGUAAACGUUCAAACUUGAUCCUGUUCUCAAGAUUUCUUGCGUUGUCGUUGCAUAGACUUGUUCACACUUUAUAUCGCUUUAUUGUACAUGCUUACCUUGCCUUUGGCUUUGGCUUAUUGUUUAAUCAACUUGUUUGUGUAGGCAAGAGGAAAGGACGGUUGUGUAGUUGACGGAAUCUUGAAUAGAUCAUACACCUUACUCUGGCGACCACUACCCG